AUGUCUGACAUCAGAAAUUUCUUUGGCCCCAAGGGCGGCGCACCACCUACGCGACCAGUCAAGAAGGCACCUGUCCAGGACACCAAGACCAAGCGAGCCAAAGGCCGCAGGAUAAUAGACGAUAGUGAUGAUGAGGUUGCCGAAGUGACGAAACCAGCCCUCAAACCCGCUCCGAAAGCCAAACCCAAGGCCAAUGAGGUCAAGGGCGUCGAGACGACGGCGAGCGCCUACUUCUCCUCUAACAAAUCCAAACCCUCCAAGCCUGACGCACCCGCCAAGAGUCCUAUCAAGGCCGAAGUCCCCGUCCGUUCGAGCCCACGGACGAAGAAGGUAGCCGAUCCUCCUGCUACUAAACCCGUAAAGAGCACCCACCCCGCGCCAAAAAAGAAGACGACUACAUCGUAUCGAGACUAUGCGGAUGACGACGACGAUGCGUACAUGGAAGAUGCAGACGAGGAUGGUGAUGACAUCUUUGCAGCCGAUAUCAAGGGCAGGAGCAAGAGACGGAACGAUGACUACGUAGAGGAUGAGAGUGAAGAUGAAGUGCUUCCCAAGGCCAAGCGAGUGCACACUCAGGGGAAGGCUCCAGCACACGCAAAGUCUACUCCAGUCAAGAAGAGGAAGUCUCCUGAGCCGGAAUCGGAAGAGUCUGAAGAAGAAGCGCCCCGAAAGAAGAAGCCUGCUACAUCACGGCCACGCGCUCCGAAGGCGGCGAAGGUCUCCCACGACGACGAAGACCCCGAAAUCAAGAACAUUCUUGACACCAUUCCCACCGUGCGUCCGCCCACGCCACCGCCAACUUCCGGUGCAAAGUUCAACUGGAGAGCUGCCAAGGGCGGAGGUCACACUCAAGCUCCCAACCCAACCAAUGCCGAGUUACCGGAAGGUGAGGAAGGUUGUUUGGCGGGCCUCACAUUUGUCUUUACCGGAGUUCUACAAACAGUCGAUCGGGAAGUAGCCCAAGCCCUCGUCAAGAAGUAUGAUGGCAAAGUUACUGGCCAGCCGAGCAGUAAAACUAGCUAUGUUGUCCUUGGAGAAGAUGCCGGACCAAGCAAACUUGCCAAGAUCAAGGCCCACGGCAUCAAGACGAUUAAUGAAGAGGGCCUGUUCGAGUUGAUCAGGCGUCUCCCCGCCCACGGUGGCACUGGAAAAGGUGCCGAGAAGGCGCGGCAGAAGAAGCAGGAAGAGGAGGCAAAGGCUAAGAAGCAGGCCCUUGAGAUGGAGCGUGAGGAGAAGGCUCGCCAGGCCGAAGCUGAGAAGGCUGCCAAGGCCUCUGCCGCCGCUCGGGGCAUUGCGGCCCCAAGCCAACCGCAGACGACCGCUCAGCUCUGGACCAGCAAAUACGCCCCGGCGCAAUUAUCUCAUAUCUGCGGCAACAAAUCUCAAGUGGAGAAGAUACAAAAUUGGCUUAUCAACUGGCCAAAGGCCAAGAAGUACGACUUCCAAAGGCGUGGUGCUGAUGGAAUGGGAGGCACCCGUGCCAUUAUCAUCUCUGGACCACCUGGCAUUGGCAAGACAACAGCCGCUCACCUUGCAGCGAAGCUUGCCGGAUACGAUAUACUCGAAAGCAAUGCAAGUGAUACUCGAAGCAAGCGACUCGUUGAAGAGGAGUUUAGCGAGGUCAUGGACAACAGUUCUCUUCGUGGGUACUUCGCUGCCGAGGGCCAAAAGGUUGAUGUCGAGAAGAAGAAGAUCGUCAUCAUCAUGGAUGAGGUGGACGGCAUGUCGGCCGGCGACCGUGGAGGUAUCGCGACGCUUGCCAAGUUCUGCAAGAAGACCGAUGUUCCCUUGAUUUUGAUCUGCAACGAGCGUCGUCUCCCGAAAAUGAAGCCAUUUGACCACGUCGCCCAGGAUAUCAGGUUCCAGCGUCCCACAGUUGAUCAAAUCCGAUCACGGGUGAUGACAAUCUGCCACAGGGAGGGUCUCAAGUUGUCUCCUCAAGUGAUCAACGCUCUCAUUGAGGGCUGCAACAAGGAUAUACGGCAGAUCAUCAACAUGCUCUCGACCAUCCGGUUGGACCAGAGUUCUCUCGAUUUCGACCAGACGAAGUCGAUGACCAAGGCGUGGCAGAAGCACGUUAUCCUCAAGCCCUGGGAUAUCUGCCAGAAACUGCUAGGCGGGGGGUUGUUUGCGCCGUCGAGCACGUCGACUUUGAACGACAAGAUUGAGCUGUACUUUAACGAUCACGAGUUCAGCUUCCUGAUGAUCCAAGAGAAUUAUCUCAAGACCAGACCAGCCCUUCUUAAUGGCAAGAACUACUCGCCUCGAGAGGCUAGGCUGAAGGCCCUUGAAUUAGCCGAUAAAGCCGCAGAGAGUAUCAGCGACGGCGACCUGGUCGACCGUAUGAUCCACGGCCCUCAACAACAGUGGAGCCUCAUGCCUGCCCACGCCGUCUUCAGUACCGUGAGACCCGCCAGCUUCAUGUGGGGUCAGCUCCUCGACAGUUCCUUCACGUCCUGGCUUGGAAAUAACAGCAAAUACGGCAAGCUGAGUCGAUAUGUGCGUGAGAUACAUAGCCACAUGCGGCUCAAGGCAUCUGGCGACCACACGGAAGUACGGCAGCAGUAUCUACCUGUGCUAUGGAACCAGAUCAUCAAGCGUCUGGCUGUGGAUGGGAAAGAUGCUGUGGAGGAUGUCAUCGAGCUUAUGGACAGUUACUUCUUGACUCGGGAAGACAUUGAUGCCAUGACGGAGCUGGGUCUUGGUCCCCAGGAAGAACGGCCUGGAAUGAUUGAGACACAAACGAAGCAGUACUUCACCAGAACAUACAACGCCAUGAACCACCCGCUACCGUUUAUGAAGGCAAGCAACGUGAUAGCGCCAAAGAAGUCUGCCAAGGAAGUCCCCGAUCUGGAGGAGGCUAUCGAGGAGGAAGACGAAGGCGAGAUUGCAGAACUGGAAGUUGCCGACGAAGGUUCCGAUGAUCUUGACCUAAAGGCAGACAAGUACAUUAAGCAGCCCAAGGCCAAGGCAAAGAAACCAGCCAAGAAGGCGAAGGCCUCUAAGGCUGACGACGCCGACGAUGACGACGUUAAACCGAAGGCACGAGGGAAGAAGGCUACAGCCACGAAGAGCAAGAGCAAGAGCAAGAAAUGA